AUGAACAAGGCCUGCAAGUGGGGAAUCGGUGUUGCCGUGGUCUUAGUGCUAGCCAUCAUCGCAGUUGUUUUAGCGGUCAUACUUCCUGGCAAAAAAGAUAAAAAUGAAUCACCUAUUCUGUAUUUUGCUAUGUAUCUCGGCGACAGCGACAGUGUUUCUGCGAUGAUCACACGAGAAAAAUUUGGCGAAAACGAAUGUAGCCUUGAAAAGAAUAAGCGAAACACUCGAGCGGCAAUAUCAGCAAUGAAGGACGUGGAUCAACGUUAUGCGUUCAUUCUCUAUUCUAAUGCUAUAAACACUACAGAUUCAAUGGACGCUACAGAGGCUCUUGCACAUCUUGAUAAUGUAGUACACAUAGCGGGAUCAUCCUCCACUCAAGAAUCAUUGAAUCAACCGUAUAAUUACAGAGUUGCCAAGGAAUAUACAGCUAAGAGAAACGAUGAUGACCUUUUUGUCUUCUACAUUCCAUGCGGCUACGACUAUAGGUUAGUUUUUAUUAUUUACCAGUAUGUUUAAUC